GUAAAAACGGCGAGAGAUUUUCGUAUUGUAAAACAAAUAUCUCAACAGUGACCGAGUUUGUAUAUUACACCGGGUUUAUACCGGAAUAAGUUACUCUCGUCCACAAAUUGUACAACCUGUAAAGCUGAAUCUACUAAAAGAGAAUGUAUGGUGCAAUUCUUUUCAAAUUAUGAAUAUCGUAUCAGAUACGUCGUAGUUAUUUGAUAUUGCGCACAUCAGUAAAACUUUUUUUUGGCAAAAUUACCACGACGUGAUAAUAUAUGCCGGAGGCGUACCACUGGCAAAAUUCGUGACGGAAGUUUUGCAUUUGAAGGUUUUUUUACCAACAAGAGGAAGAUAAUCAGAUUUGCGCGGUUGAAAGAUUGUAGCCAUAAGAGUAUCCACCUACUUUGCACACGCUUAGACAAAGAAAAGUCAUACAUAAGAAAUAAAUAAAAUCUGUAGUCAGGAAGCACCAUGUAUCAAGGGCGCGAUUUAUGUCUAUUGCCGAACUUCGUGCCCAUUGUACCAAAAACUGACCCGUACUGAAUAAUUUUGAAGAUCUGAGCCACUGUAUUUGCGAAAUAGCCUAUUUGCGAACACUCUACUUGCAAGAUCGUGAGUGUAUCAAUAGCCGUCUCCUGAAAAUUUCACCAAGCUUCUGUCUAUGUCGUUUUAUUAUUCUCUGCCGUACUCAAACUAAUUCAUUAUCAGCAUCUUCGAUGCGUAUGCCAGACAAAAUGGCGUUUAUUAUUUUGGAUAGAAAUCAACAAAAAUCGCGAACCUCGAACUCCCGUUCUUCUUGCCGUCUCUCCACGCGCGCCACAAGAAAACACCAUCUUCUUGCAGGUAUCAACCGCAAAUGCGUCUGGGUCUGCUGGAAGAAAAGUGCGCCUUCCUGGAAUGCAAAUGCAUGUUUUGGAUUAAUAUAAAUAUUAUACGCAGCUGCACUGGCAUGCACGCACAAGCAUGACAGAUUUCUCGAGUGCUUCCCUAUAGUGCCCUCGCUAUGCAAUGACGUGAGGAGUUCGCUCUUUGGGAAGCAAAAAUCGAGCAGCUAUUCCCGCAAAUGCAACACAGAGACGAGUCAGGAUUUUUGCGUGAAUUUCAGUUCGCAUGAUCACAAAUGCCAAUCCGAAUCUUUAUUCCCGAGGACCCGGACAUAUUUCCAAUGCAUAGCAGGAAAAGAAAAUAUCAUGAAGCCAAAACGCCAAUUGAGAGCCACGAAAGUUUUUUUUCGCGUCCUCCUCUCCGCAUUGACACUAUUCCCAAUCCUUCUCGCCGGGUUCUUUUACAACAACGUCCAGACACAGUCUUAUGUGUUCCUGGUCUCCGCGUCGCUCCCUGCCAGCCCCCGCAGCGUCGGGAGCAGCAAUGCAGGGUACCCGGGUGGCGGGAUUGCCGCCCCGCAGCAUAUGCCGUUCGCCGAGCAGGAACAGGAACUCGCCCGGCAACGGCAAGUUUUUUUGCUGCAGCAACAGCAGGAACAACAACAAGCCCACCGAAUGAACAGUAUUCAGCACCAGCAACAGCAACAACUCCGGGAACAGGAUCUGCGGGAACACGAGCAACGGCAAGCGUUGCUGCACGCCCAACAGCUCCAGCUGGCCGCGCAAGAGCAGCAGCAUCAGCACCUCCACGAUAGGUCACUACAAUACCAAGUCGGGAUCGACCCACCUUUGUCGCACUACGGACUGCACCAGGGCGUGCACGAUCAAUCCUUUCCGGAGCCCAUGGAGCAGGACGACAACCAGCACCUUGUCGAGCAGCAGUAUUCACACCGCCGCGAGGCCACUUUCCUGGGGUUUGGCGUGCCCCAUCCGCCGGGCGGGUCGCCGCUGCCGCCGCCGGGCGGCCCCCCGAUUCAUCUAUGCAUGGAGAUGAUUGGACGAUCAGAAUUGAAGCUUCUCCUCCAGAUGUUCCCGUUCUCUCAAAAGUGCUGUUCUUAUCCCUCCUGUUCGUGCAUAGAUAAGAACACCACUUUUAGGUCGUUACAAACAUGUUCUUAUCUAUGCACCAUUUGGAGGAAAAGAACAGCAUUUUUGCGAGAACGGGAACCUCUGGCGCAGAAGCUGUCAUUCUGCUUCGUGCCAGCCACCAAUUUCAGGUCGUUACAAACGUGUUCUUAUCUAUGCACGGCGUGGAGGAUAAGAGCAGCAGUGUUCGAGAGCGGGAACAUUUGGCGCAGAAGCUCCGACUCUGCUUCAUGCCAAAACAUCAAUGCCAGGGCGUUGCAGUAGGUGUUCUUGUCUAUCUCUCCGAAGCGUUCAAACGAGUACCAGGCGGGAAGCUUUCAAGGUCUUCUGCCAGUGCGUCCACCAUCACCGCGGAAGCGGUGCCAGCGGUGAGUGGUUGGGGCGGUGGGUGAGAGAUCGAGGCGCGUUCGAAGAGUUCCAAGAGGUCUCGAGGGGCCUGCGUACCAAGCCCGCACGAGCCGGCUUGCGGCCUUUUUUGGGUCGCGAGUACGUAGGGCCCGGGGCCGCGAAAAAGAUGCCCGGCUGCGCCUGUUGGGCGUGCUGUGAGUGCCCGUGGGCCGCGUCGAUCUGCGCAGUGGGGG